UAUGAUGAAGCGAAUUGCAGCUAUAAGAUUCUGUUCCUGGAUGUACUCUUCCCACUGGACGUGCGAAAGAUGAUCUACGUGGAUGCCGAUCAGAUUGUUUUGACAGAUCUGAUGGAGUUGAUGGAGCUGGAUCUGGGUGGUGCACCGUACGGUUUUACUCCGUUCUGUGACAGCCGUACUUCGAUGGAAGGAUUCCGUUUCUGGAAGAAGGGAUAUUGGGCGAAUCACCUUGCUGGACGCAAAUACCAUAUUAGUGCUCUCUAUGUGAUUGAUCUGGUGAAAUUCCGACAGAUCGCCGCUGGUGAUCGUUUACGAGGCCAGUAUCAAGGACUGAGCUCUGAUCCGAAUAGUUUAUCGAAUCUAGAUCAGGAUUUGCCAAAUAAUAUGAUCCAUCAAGUUCGCAUAAAAUCGUUACCUCAAGAAUGGCUGUGGUGUGAAACGUGGUGUGAUGACGCAUCAAAACCAUACGCGAAAACAAUUGAUUUGGUUAGUUGA